GUAAACAAACGUAGACGUAGACUCUUCACUAGUCGCUUUGUGGCUAUUUUUCCGGAAAAUGCCUUCGCCAGGGUGUAAAACGGAAACGCGCGGGCCGCGCUCGACAAGAGGCUACGUAGACCUUUGACGGAGAACAUGGCGACCAAGCAAGCGGGAACGGUAGUGUUGGGCGGCGGAAUUUCAGGACUUGCAGCUGCAUUUUAUUCCAGAGUCUCUCAAAUUGGAGAAAACAAAUUAGUUCAUCCUCAUGGCCAAGAGAAGAUUGUCAUUUUAGAAGGCAGUCCCAGAGUUGGUGGAUGGGUUGACUCUUUCCAAUCACCAGAGGGAGCUGUUCAUGAAAGAGGAACGCGUAGCAUCCGUCCUGUUGGAGUUGUUGGCAAGAACACUCUGGAUUUGGUAUCCGCCAUCGGCUUGGAAGAUGCUGUUAUACCGGUCACACGCAGCCACCCUGCCACGCAAAACCGAUUUAUCUACACCCAAGAUGGCCUCCAUCGCCUCCCAUCAUCCCUCACCACCGUCCUCCAACGACAGGCCCCGUUUUCACAAUCACUCUUAUCCAGGUUGAUCAGAGAACCAUUCGCCGUCAAAUGUAAAGAAGAGGAUGAGACUAUCCAUGAUUUCUUUUCGAGGAGACUCGGGAAAGAGGUAGCUAAAUAUCUUGCAAAUCCAUUCUGUCGGGGCAUCUUUGCUGGAGACUCGAAGGAGCUGAGCAUGAGGGCAUGCUUCCCUGCAAUAUUUAAUGCUGAGAGGAAAUAUGGUUCAAUUAUCAUAGGAGGCCUAAGAGAUAAACCAGAAAAAUUCCCUGACAUUGGGAGGAGCAGUAUAGCCCAGAAAGCCAAAGAAGAGAAGUGGGCCACCUGGACAAUGACCAAUGGACUUGAAACAUUACCAAACAGGCUUUCUGAUUGGCUAAUUGAGAAUGGGGUCGAAGUUCAAAGGUCAAAUCCAUGUAGGAGGAUCGAGUUCAUUCAGCAGACUGAUGCACGUGAUACACAGAAGAGUGUCAGGCUUUUGACCGAGAACGGUGACGUCUGGGAGGCGGAUCAUGUCGUUUGUGCCACUUCUGCUCAAGUCACUCAGAGACUACUUCCACCUGAACAUGAGAAACUAUCCAACCUUCUUCGUCAGAUCACCAGCUGUACCGUAGCCGUGGUCAAUCUAGAGUACGACAAUGUGCAGCUCCCUGUGACUGGGUUUGGUUAUCUAGUCCCUUCAUCCGUGCAGUCCAGAGUACUUGGUGUGAUCUUUGAUUCAUGUGCUUUUCCUGAGCUAGACAGGAGGAAAGACCCCACAACAAGAAUGACUUGCAUGAUGGGAGGUGCAUGGUUCAAUGACCUCUUUGGUGACCCCUACAAUGUUGACCCCAGCGACCUCUUAUCAAGUGCCUUGACCACUGUCCAUGACCAUCUGGGGAUCGGUCAGAAGCCGACCUUCUCAAAGGUCAAUAUCCACCAUGAUUGUAUACCACAAUACAGACUUGGACACACGCAACUUGUUGAAGAUGCUCUUUCAUACAUAAAAGAUCAUCAUCUUCCACUCAGUAUCAUUGGAUCUUCUUACAAAGGAGUCAGUGUCAAUGAUUGUAUCUUCCAAGCUCGACAAGCAAUACAUUCACUUCAAAAGUGAUAAAGUAUAAAAUACUAUGGCCCGUAUUCUGAAGUCAGGUUUAAUAGGCCAUGGUCUUACUCUGUGCCAAAAUUAUGGGGAGCCAACAUUUCAAAAAUUCUGUUUAUAUUGUAUAUUUCUUAUGUUUACUAUUUUGUUUCCUUUUGCUUUCAUAAUGAAUGAAAAUACUUCAGUUAUCAUUUCCAGACAAUUAUGAACAAUUUGAGUGCCAAAUGAGUUAAUAAAUUGUUGGAUAUGUACUGUUAUGAUUUGUGGCCCAAUUGGCUCUCCAUAGUUAAACCACAACUUUAAACAAGGUCUUAAUUUGAACCUGAGUUCAGAAAAUGGGCCUAUCUGUUUGUACUGUCAUAGAAUCUUCCUCUGUAACAGUGAAAAUAUAUUAGAGUAGGCUGAGAUUAUAUUGUACCUAAAAAAAUCAUCAAGUUACCUUUACUGCUGUGCCAAAUAUUGGGUCUUUUUCAUUUCAUUUUAUAUCAUAUCCAUAUCCAACAAAGAAACAUGAUUCAAAUGACAUAGUACGCAUUGUAAAACAAUGUGAAACAUUAAGAUCCAUUCAUUUGAUUGAAAACAUUUUGUGUAAACCCAAAUAGGUUUUAUAUUUCAACACCGUGAUUUAGUAAGCACACAUUGAUAUUAUUGACGAAAAUUUCCAAGAUUAUGUUUAUUAUUAUUAUUCAUUAUUAUUAUUUAUUCGGCAUAAUCAAAUACAUAAACAACAUAUACAAACAAUAGGAAUAGGAGAGUCACAUGGAUGCCGGGAAAGGAAAAAGAUUAACCAAAUAACUAUAACCUGGUUGACUUAAUGGACAAAUUUAAUUGUUACACAGAAGUUGGUUAAUAAUUGUGGAAACAUACUAAGUUACUCUCCUCACAACAUUUUCCUGAAAAAAGUUUUGGCAGUUUGAUUUAGGGGGAUCUGUGUGCAUGUAUGGAAAUAACCAAUGUUGAGGGAACUGUUAUUUGCCUUUUUUUUCCAAAGUUUCUUGAUUUUUCAUGUGUGAGAAGAAAUGAUCACUGAGAUGAAAAUCUUUAUAUUUUUGUUGGAUUUCCUGGAUUAUAUCACUUCAACUCUAUUAGCUAAAAUUGGACAUUCAGUGAAUUCUGUCUCUUUACCCCCCCCCCCCCCCCCUCCUAGCUCAUCUUAUUUCACCUAGAAGUGUUUUUUUUUUCAAAGAUUUAACAGGGUUCCCAGCCCAUGAGGGAAAAUUUUACUUUUUUCCAGUCAGGGAAAAAUCAGGGAAUUUGAUUAAAAAAUACCUAAAAUCAGGGAAAAAUGCCUCAAAUUAGGGAAAAUUAAGGGAAUUUUGAUCACCCAAAAAAUUGAAAGCAUGGUAGUCAGUCAGACUGUUAUAUUUUGUUGCAUAUCAAAACAACAUCCAUUGAAUGACUGGUUAUGGUGGCAGUAAUUAGUUUCACUUGUUUUUAUACUGAAAAUCCAUGUAAUUUACUGCAACAACUUAGAAACAUGCAAAACUAGGAAUGGGUUUAAAUAAUUAUCGGAAUUUUUAAACUUCAUCAGGGAAAAAUCAGGGAAUUUGUUUUCUUGAAAUGCUGGGAACCCUGUUUAAGUGUGACUAAAAGUGCACUAAAGUUCCCAGUUCAUGUGAUGCUCAAGGGACAUGCUCUACAAUGUGUAUUAGAUACCAUGUGCACAUUUUUGUCAUCCAAACUAUUUAUGAAAAUCUCCUUCCUGGCAGAAUUCGAUAGAGAUAAUAAGUGUGUUUAGGGGUAACAGACAGGCAAUGAUUUCAAAUAUAUCUUUCUAAGUACAGUUUAGAAUACUUUAGAAAAGUUUUGUAAUCUGGGUUGUGUCUAUACAUAGACAGACUUCACAUUCACAAUUACCUAAUAGAAACCGAUUCUAUCACCACUCACUAAAUAUUUGUUUUAAUUUCCUUUUCUUAAUUCUUAAGUAAAUACAUAUAUGCUGCAUUAUUGUAGAAACUGUUAACUGUUAAAAACUGUUAGGCAAAAUUAAGCAAUUAUACUUUUUCCUGUUAUAUUAAAAAGUUAAACUUGAGGAUAAAAUGAUUGUUGUAAUACCCCUUUAUGCCUCUGUGUUUGAAGGUCUAUGUCAGAGAUGUUAUGAAUGUGUUUACAUAAUAUAAAUAAUCAAUAAUGUAAACAAUGUAAACAACAUAAUGAUAAUUUCUUUUAAAAAAUGUAAUCAAUAAACACAGGAGACGGUCGUCUUGAGUGUUUGAGCUUCUAAUUGAUAUAUGUAUACAACUAUUGAAAUUCAUUGUUCUCCCAAUAACUCGAGGGUUUUUUAGGGAUCAGCUUAAAGAUGGGCUCAUGUAGUGAUAAUGCAUGCAGAGAAUCCAUCUUUUUCUUUCUUUUUUUUUACUCACAGGCUUGUAGACUUUGUAGGCAGAUAUAUAUGUGAAGCCAGUAUUUUUACAUUAUCAAAGUUUAAUUAUUUUAAUGCUUUUCUUUAUUUUUUUUAUAUUCUAGGAUUAUUAUGAAUAUAUACUGCCAGGUAUAGUACUAAAAUACCAGUCCUUACUCCUUGAGAGUAUUGCAGUAGAUAAUUGAUUAUUGGAAAUUGAAGCAUAUGUGUUUGAUCAUGUUGGUAUGUAAAUGUGAAUUUAAUUUAUUAAGGAGAUACUGCAAAGAGACAUAUAUGAGAAACAGUAUGUUUUAUCAGUUAGCUAUAAGCAAUAGUGUUUUCAUGUUCUUUUGCAAUAAAUUGUUUGUGCAUCUUAUUCAGGAAUAAAAUAGAUUAAAAUGUAAUUAUUGUAUUACUAUUUCAUUCAUUAUGACUGAUAGCAUUAUGACAUCACAUGCCAAUUAAUAUUUUAUCAGAUGUAUAACUGAUCUCAUCUGGGUAUUUUAGAUACAUGUAACAUCCAACAAAGUGGCGGAUCCAGUAGUAUAUGAUUAUAUGAAAUUUCAAGAGCCUUUGAACUGCAUGUUAAGAGGAUUUUAACAAAAUUGCAACCUCAUUUAAUGAAGUUGAAAUUUUCCUCCUUGAAAAUCUGAUAUGCAAAAACAGUGUCAAGUGUAAAAUAAGCCUACAUUUUCCCUCCCGAAAAUCUGAUUAGCAAAAGAGUAGGGUUAUGGAUUCCAAAAUCGGUCAAAGUUUUCCUCCCUUAAAAGCAAAGAUUGUCAAGCACUGGAAAAAGGUUAAGGUUCCAGGGGUGGGGCUGUGCAGCCACUUGGUCCCUUCUCUUGUAUGUGUGGGUCCCUCAUGGGCAGGGUCCCAGACUGCCUCCAUCCUCAAUCCACCACUGAUUCAACUAGCCAUUGAUUCCACGAGCCAAAUGUUCAAGAAUGAGAGGAGGAGAUUGAUGCUGGGGGGGGGGGGGGGGGGGGGGGUUGGCACUUAGAUUUGAUUUGGACGGGGGUGUGUAGCUGAAGGUUCAAAACCCAUACCCAUAUUUACAGGUCAUUAUGGCUAAAAAGGUACCUAUUAUCACCCAAAAUUGGAGGAGAAUAUGGACCCAUGUUUAAGGCCAGGAUCUAACAAUCAGGGCCGUGUUUCAGGAUUUUCCAGCAUAAAACAAUACCACAUGUUAGGGAUUUCUUAAAAAAAAGCGACCCAUUCCAGCGGCACAUCCCCGUAUGCCUUAUUUCGUGAGUACCCCCCCCCCCGGGAUUGAUGAUGGAAAAGAAACUGAAUGUAAGAGAUGAUGAGAGGAUAGAGUAAGAUAAGAAUGAGAUGGAAAGACAUGCAGGGAACAUGAGGCAUAGAAUUAGAAUAAUAUUACAUUGUUUUUUUUAAUUUCCACUUUGAUGAAAUGAUAUAAAUGUAUUGAUUGGUACUGUAUAAUUGGAAAGUAAAACAAAGAGUCGACAUACCG